AUGACUGAACCUAUGGUUACUUGGGGUUGCUGUACCUUGAAGGGCACGGGUGGAAAAUCUUUGCAAUGCAAUGUUUGUAGUAAAGUCUUCCAUCACAAAUGUUUGGGUUUAGACCUGUCAUGUGAGCUGUCCCAGUGGACUUGUCAUUCUUGCACAAGCAGCAGCAAGAACAAAGAACCAAUGCCUGCUCAUUUUAAUACGAACAUAAAUGUGCGCACCAACAAGAGACCAGCGUUGCAAUCUCCACCAAACACAUCAAACAUACCGAUAACAGAGGAUGGUGUUCGCGCUGUUAUAGAGGAUGUUAUGAAUUCUCAAAUGGACGUCAUGUUGGAAAGGCUUACCCGUAAUAUGCGCACCAUACUGAGCCAAGAGUUCAAGACAGUUCACAUCCACCAUGGUUUAGUAAAAGUCUUCUGA